GGAAAAUCUUGGAAUGGGCCAUUAAAUAGGGAACUUUUGGCAUUUAACAGUUUUUUAAAAACUUUAAAUCGAUCUUUACGGAAUCUUUGUGAAAUGUUGACUUUAUCAAUGUUUUUGAAUGGAGAUUGUUUAAAAGAACGAAAUGAUUAUCUUGAUAUCGCAUUAAGUCUACCAUUUUUGUUUGAUGUCAAUACUGGAUUGGGUAUAGUUGCAAAAACAUAUUUAGAAAAUAUUAUAAGUUCAUCAAAAGAAAAUGAAGAUAAAAGUGAGUCCAGUUCUAAGAUUGCUAGUUCGAUUAAAAAACUUGAAGAAACAUUUACGUCAUGUGUUGAUGUAAAAUCUGACUUGUUGAAUGGAUUUUCUUUUUGGGAUCAAAUUAUUGUGGCAAUUAAUUCUCUCAAAGCUAAUGGAACUAUUUCAGAUGAUCUUUCUACACAAUUCUUAAAAGCAAAUGAAUGGUUAUCAACCAAAAGACCAUAA